CUCUGAUCCCGGAACCCGAGGGGAAGGAGGAGAAGAGCGAGAAGUCAAAGCCUGGGAACCUGCACUUCCGGCAGGAACCUAGAGCCGCAGCAACGCCUAGCGCCUGCUCGAAGCCCUUCAGAACAGCUGGUGCCGGCUGUGUCCAUCCUGCCCAGGACCCCUCCCCACCCCCGUGCUGGAGGUCACCCCCAAGAUGGUGGUGGCUCCAGGGAGGACUGUGCUACCGGCCCCAUCCUCUGGCUGCUAGGUCCCUCCGUUCUCUGGCCCUUCACCCCAGCUGGGUCCACAGGGGGGUCCGAGCCUGGGCCAUGCUGCGCCUGGGGCUGUGCGCGGCCGCGCUGCUGUGUGUGUGCCAGCCGGGCGCUGUGCAUGCUGACUGCUGGCUCAUUGAGGGAGACAAGGGCUACGUGUGGCUGGCCAUCUGCAGCCAGAACCAGCCACCCUAUGAGACCAUCCCCCAGCACAUCAACAGCACUGUGCAUGACCUGCGACUCAAUGAGAACAAGCUCAAGGCUGUCCUCUACUCCUCGCUCAAUCGCUUCGGGAACCUCACGGACCUCAACCUCACCAAGAACGAGAUCUCCUACAUUGAGGACGGUGCCUUCCUGGGCCAGACGAGCCUGCAGGUCCUCCAGCUGGGCUACAACCGGCUCAGCAACCUGACCGAGGGCAUGCUGCGAGGCAUGAGCCGCCUGCAGUUCCUCUUUGUCCAGCACAACCUCAUCGAGGUGGUGACGCCCACCGCCUUCUCAGAGUGCCCCAGCCUCAUCAGCAUCGACCUGUCCUCCAACCGCCUCAGCCGUCUGGACGGCGCCACCUUUGCCAGCCUCGCCAGCCUGAUGGUGUGUGAGCUGGCCGGCAACCCCUUCAACUGUGAGUGUGACCUCUUCGGCUUCCUCGCCUGGCUCGUGGUCUUCAACAACGUCACCAAGAACUAUGACCGCCUGCAGUGUGAGUCGCCCAGGGAGUUCGCUGGUUACCCGUUGCUUGUGCCCCGACCUUACCAUAGCCUCAAUGCCAUCACCGUCCUGCAGGCCAAGUGCCGCAACGGCUCGAUGCCCGCCCGGCCUGUGAGUCACCCUACGCCCUACUCCACGGACGCCCAGAGGGAGCCUGAUGAGAACUCAGGCUUCAAUCCCGACGAGAUCCUCUCGGUGGAGCCGCCGGCCUCGUCGACCACGGACGCGUCUGCGGGACCCGCCAUCAAGCUGCACCAGGUCACCUUCACCUCGGCCACCCUGGUGGUCAUCAUCCCGCACCCUUACAGCAAGAUGUACGUGCUGGUCCAGUACAACAACAGCUACUUCUCCGACGUCAUGACCCUCAAGAACAAGAAGGAGAUCGUGACGCUGGACAAGCUGCGGGCGCACACCGAGUACACCUUCUGCGUCACCUCGCUACGCAACAGCCGCCGCUUCAACCACACCUGCCUGACCUUCACCACCAGGGACCCCGUGCCUGGGGACCUGGCCCCCAGCACCUCCACCACCACGCACUACAUCAUGACCAUCCUGGGCUGCCUGUUCGGCAUGGUCAUCGUGCUGGGGGCCGUCUACUAUUGCCUGCGCAAGCGGCGCAUGCAGGAGGAGAAGCAGAAGUCCGUCAAUGUCAAGAAGACCAUCUUGGAGAUGCGCUAUGGCGCCGAUGUGGACGCCGGUCCCAUCGUGCACGCGGCCCAGAAGCUGGUCGAGCCUCCCGUGCUCCCGGUGGCCCGCAUGUCCUCGAUUCCCUCCAUAAUCGGGGAGAAGCUGCCCGCCCCCAAGGGGCUGGAGGCCGGGCUAGACACGCCCAAGGUCGCCACCAAAGGCAACUAUAUCGAGGUACGCACAGGUGCUGCUGCAGGGGACGGCCUGGCCCGGCCCGAGGAAGAGCUCCCAGACAUCGAGAACGGCCAGGGCUCGGCUGCAGAGAUCUCCACCAUCGCCAAGGAAGUGGACAAGGUCAACCAGAUCAUUAACAAUUGCAUCGAUGCCCUCAAGCUAGACUCGGCCUCUUUCCUAGGGGGUGGCAGUGGGGGCGGGGACUCUGAGCUGGCUUUCGAGUGCCAGUCCCUCCCUGCAGCCACGGCCGCCUCCUCGGCUGCCCCCCCUGGGGCGCUGGAGCUGCCCAGCUUCCUGUCACCCCCCUUCAAGGAGAGCUCCCACCACCCGCUGCAGCGCCAGCUGAGCGCGGAUGCUGCGGUGACCCGCAAGACCUGCAGCGUGUCAUCCAGUGGCUCCAUCAAGAGCGCCAAGGUCUUCAGCCUGGACGUGCCGGACCAUCCAACCCCCACCGGGCUGGCCAAGGGCGACUCCAAGUACAUAGAGAAAGGCAGCCCCCUCAACAGCCCGCUGGACCGGCUUCCACUGGUGCCCACCAGCAGCAGUGGGAGCAGUGGUGGUGGCGGUGGUGGUAGUGUUGGUGGUGGUGGCGGCGGUGGCAUUCACCACCUGGAGGUGAAGCCGGCCUACCACUGCAGCGAACACCGGCACAGCUUCCCUGCCCUCUACUAUGAGGAGGGCACCGACAGCCUGAGCCAGCGCGUGUCCUUCCUCAAGCCACUGACCCGUUCCAAGCGCGACUCCGCCUAUUCUCAGCUCUCCCCAAGACAUUACUACUCAGGGUAUUCCUCCAGCCCCGAGUACUCGUCUGAGAGCACACAUAAGAUCUGGGAGCGCUUCCGGCCCUACAAGAAGCACCACCGUGAGGAGGUGUACAUGGCUGCUGGCCAUGCCCUGCGCAAGAAGGUCCAGUUCGCCAAGGAUGAGGACCUGCAUGACAUCCUUGAUUACUGGAAGGGGGUCUCAGCCCAGCAGAAGCUGUGACCCUCUCCUCCCCCACCGGUGAGGUGAGGGGGAGGGGCAGGGGCACUCGGGGGGAUGGGCCCCGCCAAGGGUGGCCGGGAGGCGGGGGACAGGCCAAGGGGUCCGGGCCCGAGGGGGGCCCCGGGCCUAGGAGUGGACGUACAUGCACACCCGCACGCACACACCCACACACACACUUGACCACCACCUGACUGUGAAGCAACCAACACCCAACAAUAACGGACAGGAAAACAAACAUUUUCCUUAAAGUUUACAACCUGCUACCGAAACCAGUGUAUUCUACUGUGCUGCCCAAGGGACUCACUGGGCUGGGGAGAGAGGCCAGAGAGGGUGUGGGGCCUGGGACUCAGGCAGGUUGGGUGGGGAAAAGAGACUGGAGUAGAAGCCAACCGCAGAGAGCCCUCUUGUUCAGAGAGGGUGUCCUCCAAGCUGGGGGACAUUUCCCUUGGAGAUCUGGCAACAUGUGGACAUCGGGCAUCCUCUCCUCCCACUUUAUGGAUGGCCCAGGAGGAGGAAAAGAAGCCCCCCCGCCCUGGGGGGGGUAUCACCCAACAGGUUACAGCUCUGUCUCCCAGCUUCCUGGCCCAGCGCUGGCCCCGCCUCCAGCUGCUCCUCUGGGCCCCGCCCCCUCCGCCCAUUACCCCUUCCAAAGCUGUGGUCUCAGGGGUCUAGGGACUGAGGCAGGCAGGUGCUUCUCUUCUCUAGAAGGUCCAUGGGCACCCACGAGGUGGAAGGCUACGGUCCCUAGCCCUGGGUGGUCAGGAGUGAGGAAUGUCCUGCUGACCAGAGGGUAGCAGAGGUAAAGGGUGCCACCAACCCUCUUCAAGUGUCUUCCAAGUAGCCCCGGGGAGCUGCCUGGGGGUGGGGUGGUGGGUAGACCCGCUCCUCACUGGUAUCUCAGGUGCAGGCCCCCAAGCCACAGCCCCUAGUUUCUCUGGGUCCCCGGGUCCCCUACCCACGACAGAGAGGCAACAGUGAAUGUCAAGGCCUGGGACCAGUGUGGAGACGAUACGGAAUGUAGGGAGUCCUCCCUGCACCCUGCACCCACACUUGCUUGGCCCCUGCUGUGUGCAGCAUCUUGGCCUGCCCAGGAGGGCCAUCUGCCCCACCCCACCCUGUCUCACCCCUUGGCUAGAGGGGCUCCUCCUCGUGUUUCCAUGGAGAUGGCCACAGUCCUCUUUCCGACCCACUCCCAACACCAAUCAAAGCACAAACAGUGAGGUGCCCCCCUACUGCCCUGGCCAGAGAGCGGGCCAGCUUCCUGGCCCCUCCUCUUCCCCAGCUAGUCCUGUUGCCACGGCAACCCAGUGCCUGGCAGUUGGUGCCCAGAGCGACCAACUGACCAACCGUUGGGCUCUGGAGUUCUCUCAGUGUGGUUGGCAGCAGAGGGCGGUGAAGGAGGCCUGGCCAGGCAGGCAGCGGCUCUCUCAAGAGCCAGGGGCUUCCCGGGACAAGCUCCGGAGGCUAUUCUGGAGUCCCGAGACGAGGCUAAGGCAUCGUCUCUGCCUUUGAGUAGGCAGCGGGCCUGUGGGGCAUGGGGACGGCUGUUCUAGGCAGUUCUGCUCCCUGCCUGUGUGCCCUUUGGCUUGCCAUUGAGAGAGGGAGGGACCUUCUUGGCUCUACUCCGACCCUUCCGGAGACCCCCCCCCCUCACUCCUGUCACUCUUCUGGGCUUCUUGAGAUGGGGACACGCGACUGUGGAGUGAGGGGUGGGCGGGAAUGGGGGUGGCGUCUCAUUCAUUCCACCUGUGGGGGCUCUGACCAGGAAAGCUAGGGCUAUCCUUGGGGGUGGGGUACAGGGAAGGACUGGGGUGGGGAGACUUGACUGAACGCCUCUAUCACAUCGACUUUUGGGGUGGGCCGAGCCCAGGGCUCACUCAGGGGUGACAUUUGCAAAAAAAAAAAAAGAAAGAAAAAGAAAAAGAAAAAAAAAAAGAAGAAAGAAAGACUGUUCUCCUGGGGGAGAAGAGGGGACUGGCCAGCCUGGAUGUGAAGAGCAGAGCUCCCCCAGCCACAAACCUGCCCUCACCCCACCCUAUACCCACCACCCCGAGAACAGCAGGCAGGCCGAGAGGCCAGGGGUGUGAGCAAGCAGACCCCUGUUUUCUUUGCAUGACGAUUUUACUGUAUUUUUCUGAGCAAACAUCUGUCGUGUAUGUGCCAGUUUGUCCAGACUUCCCCUCCCCACCCCCAUCCCCUCCAUGUGAUCCGAGCAGCUCUUGAAACCCAGGGAAGGGCCAGCUCUGCAGAAGACCCAAAACAGGUGCCACCAACAUAGCCCUGCUCUCCCCGCCCCGCCCCGCCCCCCAUCUCCUUCUCCCAUCUUUCUGGGCACUGGACCCGCGAGGGCUGCCUGCCACCCACCUUCACCACCCCUUCCUGUCUCGGUCCCCUUCCGUCCCUGCUGGUCCUUUUUCCUCCUCUCCACCAGGCAAGGCAGUCUCAGCAGAGUGUUCUCAAGGCCAUGUUCUUGUAGAAGGGGCUGUGGGAGGAUCCUCGUCGACCUGUUCCCAUUUGGAAAUGAAGCUGGGGCCCUCUGAAGAGGCACCUUGUCUGGCAGGCAGCCCAGCCAGCCCCACGGGAUAGGGGAAGGUUGUCCGCCAUGCUGAGUCCAGGAGGCCAAGAGCUUGGAGCUUCAUUGGAGAAGCUCGGGGGCCCUGCAGGAGGGGAGGGGGGCCUUGCCGUGCCCGGGGAGGAUCCCCACAGUGGACUGGGCUCUGUCCUCACAACUGGCCAUCAUUCCUCAUUGAAGAUAACAUAAACCUCAGAGGCCACUCAGGGGGACUUUAAAGAAGAGAGGGCCCACUUCAACAGCGGGGCCCAGGCCACAGGGAUCUUUGGGACAGAGCAAGGGUCCAAGGCAUAGGCACACUUCCACUGUCCGGUCCUCCAGCUGCCCUGGCCAGUCCUCCAGGGUAGGCCCUUGGAGUUUCCCUCUGGCAUGUCCUGUGUACUAUCUAGGACGGCUUGUUGCUGGGCAGAAGUAGAGGAGUGGCGAAAGACCGAUGCCUACUUACUCCCUGGGUCCAAGCAAAUGCCCUGGCUGUGGAACAGCAAUGAGGUUUGGACUGAAGCUUGAGGGCAGGCCAUGAUUAGGGGCCCAGAGAGAGGAGGAGCUCGGGGUUUCAUGGAGUCAUCUGGGGGGACACAGUUGGAAGUCACACCUGGCUUUUCCCAUCCCGGUAGGGAACAACCUGGGAAGCCUCCUUUCUCCAGAAUGUGCGUGCGGCCUUCCAGAAAUAAAAAGCGUAGUCUUAGCAGGUUCAGGGAGCCUGUGUCAGCUGGCCGCUUCCUGGGAAAGGGCCCUUCCGCCACCCACGGCCCUUCCACGCUGUUGUACUUCCUCGAGCAUAACGCAGGCAGCUCUGGAGCAACCUAUCCAGGGCUGGAGGGCCUGUCAAGGAAAGCCCUGGCCGCCUCAGGAGGCCUUGGGCGGCGCAGGGGAGGCAGCCAGUGAUGUCUGGGGCUGGUGCGUGGCUCUCAUGUUCCUGAUUAGAAGUCACCUGCGCCCACAAUCCAGAAAAUGUAAGGAGGUGACAUGGGCAGAAGCACAGGGGAACCUCUAGACAGGCCCAGAGGGCGACGGACAGGGACAGAAGUGAUAGCUCUCUCAACCUCCCAGUUCACGAGGAGGGGCCGAGGCUGAGGAGAAGAGGCAGGCUCCCCGGGAGUGCUAGGCCCCUGCAGAGAAUGAAAUGAGGGAUGGGGCGGGGGUGGGGGCCAGGUGGUCUCUUGUCCCUCCAAGGUGACAGACAAGAAGAGCCAGUGCUUUGAAAAUGAACUAGGAGGGAGAGGUGUUGGACCUGCUGGCUGUCCCCAAGCCUCCUCACUGGCCACCCUGUCACUCAGCCCCCCAGCAAGUCCUGACAUGGCGGAGGGCCUCUUCUCCAGGGUGUGGGUGGGUGGGAAAAGGUACGGGGGGGGGGCCGCUAUGGGCUGUCUAUCUACCUGUAGGGUGACCUCAUCCCCUAGAUGUUUGUCCCUCUUGAUAAGGCUUGCUCUCUGGGAUCCCCCUCAGCCCCAGGAGACGGUAUCUCUCCCAGUCACCGCGCUCCUGUCACACGCCUGACAUCUUCCAUGACCUACAUCCACCUCUUAAGAACCAGUAUCUCCCCCUACUUGCCUCAGUGUGCCCCUCCCGCCCCCCAGAUGCCAGCGGCCCUCUGCUGAACAGCAGGGAGAAUAGAGGUACCCACGGGGGUGUCCUCCUGUUCCUUCCUCUUCUGCCAGGCAAGCCACAGGGCUGUGGUAGAGGUCCAGGCAAUGAUGACCACCCUCCCUGCUUCCCGCCCUCCACCCUCCUCAGGAGCUGCCGGCCCCCAGGGGCACGGCAGCCUGGCACCUGGUUUGAGCCCUGCGGAGCUGGGCUCGGGGCCCUGGACUCUGAACCUGUGACCCCUCGCUGUGUACGGAACUCGCCUCCCCCCUGGGGGCCUUGGACCCUCUCCUUUUCUUCUUUUAGGGGGGUAACUUCAUUUAUUUCUCCUCCUUCCAUCUGCCUCUCCCCACCAAUCUUCCUGUUUUAAACCGAAUGGCACGAAAUCGUUUUCCUCACCUUGGAGAUUCCUGUAUGGAGAGAAUCAAUUUCUAUAUUUGCAAUAAAUUUCUUAUUUAAAACAACA